AUGGCCGAGAUUCCUAUGCACCUGCGUUUAGACGCCGGGGCCAAGCGCCAGGAUAGCGCUUUGGGUAAAUAUACGCGAUCAACGUGGUAUCCGCCAGCGUCAAGCAUAUCCAAUAUGCAGCGCCUAAAAGCCAAAGAAAAUCAGAAUCCAACUCCUUCGAAUUUAUCUAGAGCAAAUACGCCUACUAAAGACCCAGAUAUUGCUUAUCAGCGAACACGGGACACCCUCAUCGAGGCCGUCAAGCUUGUCAAGGCCGGGACCGAGGCUACUUCACUUCUGGGACCCCUCAAAGCUGUUUGCGAAAUUUCCCUUCUAUUCCUUGAGACAACCAGGACCAUAAACGAGAACACCAAAGGGCUCAAAAUACUCAGGGAUAGUCUUGAAGCACAUAUAUCCAUCUUAGAUGAAGGAUAUCUCCAAGCUGUCGAGGAUGGACGUAUGGACAAGAUGCCCGAAAUGCUGAAGGAUUUCAACAAUGCAUCGAGAGAUUACAUCAUCGCUCUGAAAGGCAUACUCGCCAAAAUGGACGAGUUGAAGCAUGGCAGAGAUCAAGGCGUCAAAGGAUUUUUCAGAAAGUUCACGGACGCAAAGAUCGACAUAGGAAAUAUUGCAGACUACAAACAGGAAAUCGCAGAGGCUACGCGCGUAUUUGAGGAUACAACCAAGUGCUGUCAAAUUCAGCUGCAAGCAGAAGUGUGGAAAGUAGCCCAACUCGGGCCCGAAAAGCCUCGUCCGAUGGGGACUCAGCACAAGACGUGUCUACUGGGCACACGCGUAUGGAUUCUGGAGGAAAUUCGGCAAUGGCGUCUGGACCCCAACGCAGACAAACGCAUCUUUUGGCUUUGCGACGUUGGGGGUUCUGGAAAGUCCACAGUCACGUUGACGAUGUGUGAGGAAUGGGAUAAGGCCGAAGGCGUUCUGGUUGGUCGGUUCUUCUUUUCGAAGAACUCUCGACAGACGUCAGAGACAGAUGACUUUUGUCCUGUCAUCUCAGACGAUAUCAGUGGCCAAAACAAGAUGAUCCUGAAGCAAAUAAAGACGAUCAAGGAAGAAGAUCCCAAUCUUCUCCGGCGAGGGCUACGCCAUCAGUUCUCCAAGCUGAUUGAAGAACCAUUGCAACUUGCAGGGACAGAUAUUGUCCUCGUGAUCGAUGCAAUGGAUGAGUGCAAGGAGGAGAUGCGGGGAGAAUUGAUCAAACUACUGGUUGAGAAGCUUUCAUCAAUGCCUAAACUCAAACUCUUUAUAACGAGCCGGCCAGAGCCAGACAUCACGGCGAUACUCCAGGGUAGAGCAAUCGUACGCGGAAUGCAUUUCAAGAUGCAUGGCAAAGAGCAGCAGUCCAACUUGGAUGAUAUUAGGGCCUACGUCGACGUACAUCUCGGCAAACUGCUUACCGCGCCUCAGCGCCAGCAGAUUGUGGAACGCUCGAACGGACUUUUUAUUUGGAUCACGACAGCACAUCUAGAGCUACGAGGGGCUCAUGGUCCGGACGCACUUGGUGCGACUCUCAGGUCCCUCUUGACGCGAGGCAAGGGUGGGGAUAUUAACCAGGUUUAUACAAGCAUCCUUCGUCGGCUACGACGAGAGACGUCCAGUGGCACUAUACACAAGAUUAUGGGCACUCUCCUAACCUUGUUCGAACCAGUGUCGAUGGAGACUCUUGGGGAGAUGACUGGGAUCGCAGACUCUGAGCUAGAGCCGAUCUUAGGGUCGAUGCAGAGUGUAUUUCGGGUGGAGAGUGUGGUAGAGUUUCUACAUCCGACGUUUCGAGAAUACCUUCUCAGUCCAUACAACGUGGAUAUGCCAUUCGACUCGACAGCAAUGCAAUCAGACUUGGCCACAUCUGUCCUCAGAGUGCUUCAGAAGGGUCUGAAGGAGGACAUAUGCGGCAUUUCCGUGCCGAAUGAACCUUAUCCAAGGAACACGGACGUCACGGAUCUGGAUAAACGUCUAGAACAAUUAUGGGCUAGAUUUCCGGCACUACCUUAUGCGGCAAAGUACUGGGGCUAUCAUGUGAGCACCGUUGUUACGGAUGGACAUGUUGCCCAGAUGCUGCGGAGGUUUUUAGCAAGUCAAAUUUUGUACCUCGUGGAGCUGUUAAGCUUGAUGGAUCAUGUACAUCUUAUUCGAAAUUUCGAGGAGAUUCGGCGAAGUUGUGAAUACCAAGGGUUGGGUGAUGAGGUCGAGACUUGUCCAGAGGCAUCAAAAAAUACUAGAGAAGAGUGCGCUGGAUAUCUACUCUUCAGGGCUACUAUUCCUCCCUCGAAAGUCACAACUGUGGACGAUAUACAAGAGCAAGUUUUCAGAUCGACUACCAAGAAUCAUUGGAGGACCAUCAGUGCAUUGGCCCUCACACCAGACUUUGACUGGACAUACCGAUUCUGUCUAGUGUCUGGCCUUCUCGCCAGAUGGGCGCCGUCUUGCAUCUGGAUCUCGGAUGGCACUGUACGCCUGUGGGAUGGGACCACCGGUGCAAGCCUUGGGACGCUUGAGGGACAUACCGAUUGGGUCUCGUGUCUGGCCUUCUCGCCAGAUGGGCGCCGUCUUGCAUCUGGAUCUGGGGAUGGCACUGGGGUCCAGUGUCUGGCCUUCUCGCCAGAUGGGCGCCGUCUUGCGUCUGGAUCUGGGGAUGGCACUGUACGCCUGUGGGAUGGGACCACCGGUGCAAGCCUUGGGACGCUUGAGGGACAUACCGAUUCGGUCUGGUGUCUGGCCUUCUCGCCAGAUGGGCGCCGUCUUGCAUCUGGAUCUGGGGAUGGCACUGUACGCCUGUGGGAUGGGACCACCGGUGCAAGCCUUGGGACGCUUGAGGGACAUACCGAUUGGGUCCAGUGUCUGGCCUUCUCGCCAGAUGGGCGCCGUCUUGCAUCUGGAUCUGGGGAUGGCACUGUACGCCUGUGGGAUGGGACCACCGGUGCAAGCCUUGGGACGCUUGAGGGACAUACCAGGGAGGAUGGGCGCCGUCUUGCGUCUGGAUCUGGGGAUCGCACUGUACGCCUGUGGGAUGGGACCACCGGUGCAAGCCUUGGGACGCUUGAGGGACAUACCAGGGAGGUCUGGUGUCUGGCCUUCUCGCCAGAUGGGCGCCGUCUUGCAUCUGGAUCUGUGGAUCGCACUGUACGCCUGUGGGAUGGGACCACCGGUGCAAGCCUUGGGACGCUUGAGGGACAUACCGAUUCGGUCUGGUGUCUGGCCUUCUCGCCAGAUGGGCGCCGUCUUGCGUCUGGCUCUCAGGAUCGCACUGUACGCCUGUGGGAUGGGACCACCGGUGCAAGCCUUGGGACGCUUGAGGGACAUACCGAUUGGGUCUCGUGUCUGGCCUUCUCGCCAGAUGGGCGCCGUCUUGCAUCUGGCUCUCGGGAUGGCACUGUACGCCUGUGGGAUGGGACCACCGGUGCAAGCCUUGGGACGCUUGAGGGACAUACCGAUUCGGUCUCGUGUCUGGCCUUCUCGCCAGAUGGGCGCCGUCUUGCAUCUGGCUCUCGGGAUCGCACUGUACGCCUGUGGGAUGGGACCACCGGUGCAAGCCUUGGGACGCUUGAGGGACAUACCGAUGGGCGCCGUCUUGCAUCUGGCUCUGGGGAUGGCACUGUACGCCUGUGGGAUGGGACCACCGGUGCAAGCCUUGGGACGCUUGAGGGACAUACCAUUGGGUCUCGUGUCUGGCCUUCUCGCCAGAUGGGCGCCGUCUUGCGUCUGGCUCUGGGGAUGGCACUGUACGCCUGUGGGAUGGGACCACCGUGUCUGGCCUUCUCGCCAGAUGGGCGCCGUCUUGCAUCUGGAUCUUGGGAUCGCACUGUACGCCUGUGGGAUGGGACCACCGGUGCAAGCCUUGGGACGCUUGAGGGACAUACCGAUUGGGUCUUGUGUCUGGCCUUCUCGCCAGAUGGGCACCGUCUUGCAUCUGGAUCUGGGGAUCGCACUGUACGCCUGUGGGAUAUCACCACCCCACCCAGUUUGGAACCUCCUUAUGCACUCAAUCAUGUUCCCAGGCAUUUAUAUUUCUUCCAAGGUGGACAUUUCUUACAUGUGGACAAUGGACCAGUACUCAAUGUCUCCCACAAUCACCUUCAGUCACUCUCAUCUCCAUGUCCAAGUGUCACGCCCAACCAUGAGCAUUCCACUGUAGCUGUUGACUACACCAGUCAGGAGCUGUGGUCUCUGAGGUGCUCCACUAAAUCCCGAGAUAAAGUCGCCCUAGGUCUGCAGAAUGGACAGGUCAUGGUCAUUGAUUUUGCAAAAUUUUCUGACCCACAUACCCAAUUGUAA